AGUUUACCCACCUCUAAUCUUACCACUACAGCACUGGGCACAAGCUAGACUACGUCCAUGUGUUUUAGUUCCAACGUCAUGAGACAUUAUUUAACCAAUAAUACUUUCUAAUAUUCCUAAUAAAACCCCUCAGUUGUUCGCGCUCUAUCAUUUUAAAAGUGGUAUAUAUUUCCGCGUUAUUUUGUCCCUGCCUACAUUACCGCUUAAACGAGUUUUAUUUUGAAGGUUCGAUGCGGAAAUGUUUUUUCCUGUAGACCUCCUCCAGUGAAGUCUAACUGCGGCCGCGGCGGGGCACUCAUGCACAGCAUGAACGAGUCUCCAUCCUCUAUAGACUGCAAUUUAAGAUGGAAUCUCCUGAAAACCCGUCCGGACAGGCUGUAGGUGUCGGGCGGGAUGCUCCAGCGACCCCCGUGGAUGUGGACACCGCGGUGCUCUUGCUGGGAGCCGGGGUUACAGCCUUCACGCACCCGCUGCUCUACGUGAAGCUACUAAUACAGAUGGGACACGAACCUCUGCCCUCCACCGUGGGAACAACCAUGUUCGGACGGAGAGUCUUGUACCUGCCCGGCUUCUUCUCCUACGUGCGACACAUCGUGAAGGUGGACGGAAGCAGGGGGCUCUUCCGCGGCCUGUCGCCUCGUAUCAUGUCUAGUGCCAUCUCCACUGUGGUCAGGAGCGGAGUGAAACGGGUGCACAGGGCAGCGCGGUGUAGCAGGUUACAGUCUGACAUGGAGGUCGAUGUGUUUAUGCAGGUGGAUAUUCUCUCCAAGAAAGAUGACCUGCAGACUUCACUCAGCAAAGUGGUUAAAGAGACCUCCCAUGAGAUGCUCAUCCAGAGUAGCCACUCAUCCUCUUCAUGUGGGAUGUUCAGCUGCAUGGUCAAGAUUUUUAAGGAGGAAGGACUCGCUGGGAUCUAUGUCGGUCUCGUACCUCAUGUGGCCGGAGAGGUCCUAUUCCUGUGGUGCUGUAACCUCCUGGCUCACAUCAUUAACACCUACGCUGUGGAUGAGAGCUUCAGCCAGGCCUCAGCCAUCAGAAGCUACACUAAGUUUGUGAUGGGUAUUGCAGUGAGUGUUCUGACAUAUCCGUUCAUGCUGGUGGCUGAUCUCAUGGCAGUUAACAACUGUGGCUUGGCUGCAGGUCUUCCUCCUCACUCCCCCAUCUUCAAGUCCUGGCGCCACUGCUGGAAUCACCUGAGCAACAAAGGUCACCUCUUCAGAGGAUCCAGCUUCUUUUUCCGCCGGGCUCCUGUGACCUCGCUGCCUUACAUUGAGGAAUGACAUCAUCUUCUUCUGGACAGUUCCAGGAGUGCUAAUGAACCUUUCCAGUUAAUGUAAAGUUUCUUGAAGCUUCUUGAGGCAAGGUGAAAAGACACCAUACAAACAUGUUCAAUUAUGUCAUUGUCAUGCAGUGCAGUGAGGGAGACACCGCUAAAUGACCAUCAUCAAUAAUCCUCAAUAACCACUGUAGAAUAUAAUCACUCCAUGCAUCAGCGCUCUCCUCUAAGUAAUGCUACAACAUUAACAAACAAAUGUAUCUUUACAUUGUUUUCCAUUGCAAAAAGGUUAUUCAAGCCGACAAAAUAUUUCCCAAAUACGUGUCUAACCCACCAGGGGCUUAGUAGGUGGAACUUUUAACAUGGCUAAAAUAUGAGAUUUGCUCCUUUUAAUUGAAGAGAUUAUAUCAGGAUUAUGAUAUAUUUUCAAUAUAGAGUUAAGUACCUGAUAAACUACAAUUUUUGUUUCAUGAAUGCAAUGCGCUUUUGUAGUUUUCAGUAACACAUUGACAGGUCACAGUCUAGUCAUUUAUCAGGUAGAUCUCUUCUAUGUGGCUUUGUAUUGACAAUAUACAGUAAAAUGUAUAUCAGAUGUAUUAUAUUUUUAUUAUGUCAUGAUAAUGUCAAAACUAAAAUUGACUCAUUAGCUCAGUUUGAGUUUACUGGAAAUUCUCUUUUUGGAAUAAGCUUUCAUGUUUUCAAAGGGUCCUCAACAAAAACAAGUAACAAACAAUGGAUCAAAUAACACGUAAGACAUACCUUGUAUACCGAUUAUGAAAUUAAAAAAUAAACACAUUUUAUGUCG